CACCAAUUCCUUCACAAGAGCUUAAAGCAGAAUAUAAUGAGCUUGAAAAAUUCCUGGAAGAUUCAGCUCCAAAACACAUUCAUAUUGAUCUUUGUGGAGCAUAUCUUGGCUGUGAAGACUCAGAACGAAGUGCAUCUGAAGCUUUGCCCUGGGUUCGACGAUAUGAAUUUCCAGAACGAACACAGCGUCGUGCCUGUGUUGAAAAUAUUGAAGCU